GCAAGCCCGUCACAUCACAGACGACUUGUGUCAUAUAGUAAUUCAGUGGUGACUGGGACUAAACAUAAAGGGGAGGGGGUCAGGAGAGGAGGUGAACAGAAGCGUCCAGAUAAGAGUUGUGUGAAACAUGCUUGCCGGAGGUAAAACGUGCACAUAUGGGAUGCUGUGGGUCGUGUCAGCCGUCCUCGCCCAAAUCUCAGCUGAGGAUACGCACAAGGCCAGGGCGCUGAGGCUCAUGUCUGAGACCCCACUCAUAGACGGCCACAAUGACUUGCCUUGGCAGCUUAGGGUGCAGUUUAACAAUCAGCUCAAUAAGGUGGAUCUGAACACACUCCAGACUACACACACCAACAUCCCCAAAAUUAAGGAAGGGCGACUGGGAGCCCAGUUCUGGUCUGCCUUUGUGCCGUGUGAAGCCCAGUAUAAAGAUGCCGUCAGACAGACACUGGAGCAGAUAGAUGUGAUCCACAGGAUGUGUCAGAAGUACCCAGACGCCUUCAUGUUCGCCACCAGCAGCCAAGACAUCCUGGAAGCAUUCCGCCAAAACAGGACAGCCAGUCUGAUCGGGGUGGAAGGCGGUCACUCCCUGGACAGCAGUUUGGGCACCCUCCGCACCAUGUACCAUUUGGGUGUGCGCUACCUCACCCUCACACACUCCUGCAACACACCCUGGGCCGAUAACUGGCUCGUUGACACCGGAUCAGAGCCAUCUGAACACAAUGGACUGUCUCCGUUUGGCAAGCAACUGAUAUUGGAGAUGAACCGUCUGGGGAUGCUGGUUGACCUGGCCCAUGUCCCCGUGCAAGUCAUGAACCAGGUGCUGGACAUGUCCAAAGCACCGGUCAUCUUCAGCCAUUCCUCUGCCUACGCUGUCUGUCCGCACAAGAGGAACGUCCCCGACGACAUCCUUAAGAGAGUGAGAGAAAAGCAAGGCAUUGUCAUGGUGAACUUUUACAACGCGUACAUCACCUGCAGCGGGACCGCCAACCUCUCUGAUGUAGCCGAUCACUUUGACCACAUAAAGAAAGUGGCUGGAGCCGAUAUCAUCGGUUUUGGUGGAGACUAUGACGGGGUGUCGAGUGUACCCAUGGGUCUGGAGGACGUGUCUAAGGUGCCUGACCUGGUGGCUGAGCUGCUGAGGAGAGGCUGGACGGAUGAGGAGGUCAAAGCAGCCCUGGGAAACAACCUGCUUCGGGUCCUCAAAGAGGUAGAGACGAUCCGUGAUAGCCUGAGUGGCACCAGUCUAGAUGAUGUUCCCAUCCCGUAUGAUGAGGUGAAGAACUCCUGCAGGACCAGCUAUGGUUACCCUGACCCGGGCAAUGCCGGUGCCAUCCCGUCCCUCAGUUUGCUGGCUCUUCUGCUCACCCUGGCUUCCAACACCGCCAUCACAUUAACAGACACCCUGUAGACUCCUUGAGUACCUCGUCUCACUGUGUGCACACAGGUUGUGUAAAUGUCCAUCACUUGCACUCAUCGAUUAACAUGUGCGUUUGUGUAAAGAUACAGCAAAUAAAGUCUAAA